AGCAAUUUGGUCAAGGGUUUCUUAUGAAUGUAUGAUAUCGAUAAUGAUAUAUAAAAAGACGCGAUGAUUCCCUCAACAAUUCUUCCCAUCCUCAUUCUUCACGGUUCUGCCCAGCUCGACCAUUAUCCGCGAUUCCCUUACUCGAGUACUUUCUCCUUCCAAGCGCAAGUUCUGGACGAUGGUUAAAUUCUCUUCCUUGAUCAGCCUUGUCGGGCUUGUUGCUUUGGCGCUAGCCGCUAGCAGCGACGAUUGGAAGACAAGGUCUAUCUAUUUUGUUCUCACAGACAGAUUCGCGAGGACAAAUGGCAGCACUAAUGCCUGUUCAAACUUGGGCAAUUACUGCGGCGGGACCUGGAAGGGGAUGCAAAACCAGCUGGACUACAUCCACGGACUCGGGUUCAAUGCCAUCUGGAUCACCCCAAUCGUCAGCAACACCCCCGGCGGCUACCAUGGUUAUUGGGCAAAAGACAUCUACUCCGGAAUGUACAUAAUGGUUGACGUCGUUGUCAAUCACAUGGGCGCGGGGGAUAUCACAACCUUCAACCCCUUCAACUCAAGCUCGUACUACCACCCCCGCUGCAGUAUCAAUGACGACGACCAAUGGAGGAUCGAGCGAUGCCGGAUCGCGGGACUCCCGGACCUCAGGACGGAGAACACCACGGUACGCAGGUUGCUCUAUGACUGGAUCAGGAACCUGGUGUCGGAGUACUCCAUCGAUGGACUGCGCCUGGACACGGUGAAGCAUGUAGAGAAAGGCUUCUGGCCUGGCUUCACCAGUGCUGCGGGCGUAUACUCUAUAGGAGAAGUGCUCAACGGCGACCCGGCUUACGUCGGCCCAUACCAGAAUUACGUGCCCGCGCUCGUCAACUUCCCCAUGUACUACUCCAUCAACGACUGCUACGCGCGCAGACAUGGGCUCUGGGACCUCGUCAGACAGCACGACAGGGUCAGCUCUGCGUUCUCCCGUCCGGAACUCCUGGGGACAUUCCUGGACAACCAUGACGUUCGGCGCUUCCUAAACAUCAACAACGACUGGACCCUUCUCAAGAACGCUCUCGCCUACACCAUGCUCGCCCGUGGUAUUCCCAUCCUGUACGGUGGUACGGAGCAGGCGUACGGUGGCGGAAACGAUCCCGCUAACAGAGAGGAUCUCUGGAGGAGCAGAUACAAUACCAGUGGCGAUCUCUACACAUUCAUUCAAAAGCUCAUGGGGGUGAAGAAGGUUUUCGGCGGACUGGGUCGGAAUGACCAUGUUCAUUUGUACACCACCGAUAACUGCUAUGCUUUCAGCAGGGCUGGUGGCCGCGUUGUUGUCGUCACCACCAAUGGCGGGAGUGGCACACGCGGAAACUACUGCUUCAACACGCCAAGGCCGCAGGGGACUGUGUACGCCAGUGGGCUCGGGUCAGCUACUUACACUGCUGGCUCUAAUGGCAGGAUCUGUGUGUCCAUUUCGAAUGGGCAACCAGAGGUUCUUGUGUCUUAA